CUCGAGCACGCAGUAUUCCGGCCUAGCUCGGCGAUUCUGUGAUUUUCUCACAUGCAUCGUGACAUGUGGGCUUCAUGCACACCGGAUCAACACAGGCUUUGCCUGUGUAGGACAGAACUUUAAUCCAGGGGUUGAGCGGUCGAAUGAAUGAAGGCUUAUUACCUCUCGAAAAUUGUCAUGCACGAAGCUCAAAUAUGGCCUCUUUAUCUUGCACGAGUGCCUGAUUCCCCUCAGAAUUACCAGCGUUUGCUAGGAACAUUGAACAAUUGAAACCAUGCAGACCGAAACACAGCCACGGGUGAUCAGUACUGGUACUACAUUCGUGCAGCCUGUUGCACACGUGCAGCCUUUCCAUGUGCGAUGCAGCGCGGUCGAAAACCUGUGCGCCCGAGUUCAUCACAGUGUCUCCUUUUUCUUUCCCAUUAGGCAGGGCGCCGAUGUCGACCAAAUUUACGCAGAUAUGCGAGAUGGGCUCAGACGCACAAUCUACGAGCAGCCUAUAAUCGGUGGUGUAUUACGGACGGACGAGCGUGGAGCCUUCAGCGUCGAAUUGCAACCAGCUCCCUAUGCAGGCGUGGCCUUCCAUUUCAGCGAUGCAAGCAAAGACUACAGCUUUCCCUCGUUUGCCGAGCUCGAAGCUCGCGGGUUUCCAUUUGCUGAUGGCGAUCGCGAUGGCCUAAGGGAGCUCCGGCCUGACCCUUUCCCAUGCCACGAGGAUGGCGAAGCGACCUUCGUAGCAAAAAUCACCCAUGUCAGGGGCGGUAUCGUCUGGGUGGCCUCUCUAUCACAUCUCAUCACCGACCUUGCGCAAGGCAGAGAAAUUAUGUUGCGAUGGGCGCACCAUACGAAGGAAAUAACGAACGCAAAGGGACGCGCUCUCCCCUUGCCUAGACAAUACAGACUCCCAAAUCGCGACCGCCUGAUUCCCAAAGUCGAGCGCAUGCUCGAGCCUGAAGAGCUCAAAGAAGCAAGCAAGUCUCUAGGCGCGUACAUGUUUCUCGACCCAACAGACCCUGAGAAGCUUCUUGCCGAUAUCGACUCCAUAUUCGUCAAGGCUGUUCUACCUCCAAAUGUACCUGCCGAGCAAGCCACUCAGCUCAUGACUCCAACAUCUGGAAUCUGGCGCUUCACGCCUGCGCAGGUCAACGCACUCAAGGAGGUUGUCAAGGCAAAAGCCCCUAAAGGUGCCCGACUGAGCACAUUCGACAUUGUCACCGCUUUCGUCUGGCAACGCUUCUACCUCGCCAAGCGCGGCACUUCCACACGCUCACCAAUCCCUCGUUCCGCGCAAAUUGUCACCGCACUCAACGUACGCGGUCGUCUCAACCCACCUCUUCCUCCAAACUUCCUCGGCGCCUGUGUUGACCUGGUGCGUUGCACGCUCGACGAGGACAAGCUUCUCCCGCCUACAAAUACCUCACAAGAAAACAUGCAGAACAUAGCGAAUGUGGCAGGAAGUCUCCGUGCGUUCGGCACCCAAUUCAACGAGGCUGAAUACAUGCGCCUCCUCGCCCUCUCGCUCCAAACACCUUUCUGCCCUGGCCUCGUGCCAAAGGGACCGAUAGACAUGCUUGUCACCGACCACGCCAUGUUCGCAGACGGCUUAGCUGCGGACUGGGGCGGCGAGCUCGGUCGCCCGGUUGCGCUGCGCGAGCCGUAUAUCGAGCGCGAGACACCCCGAGGCGAGGUCAUCAUCUUCCCACGACAACCAAACGGGGACUUGGAUGUUUGUGUUAGCGCCGAGGAAGUUGUAUUGCAGAGGUUGCUGGCGGACGGUGUCUUCCAGGCUGCCUGUGACAAUGUGUUUUUGAGACAUGAUGUUGUCGGUGCCUUUAACACGUUAGGCAUGAGUGUAAAGGCUAGAUUGUAGGAGUUGGGAUGAAUACCAGGUUUUGAAUUUGGGAUAUUCACCUUUUGGCGUUGGAUGUCUACGUGCUGCUGUUUGUGUACGUAUGAUGGAGCCGCUUGGGGACUGGGCUCUUGGGUUUC